UUAGUCGGAAUUGGCUACGAUGAAGGAUCAAUUGUGAUUUCACUUGGCCGCGAAGAGCCCGUCAUGUCUAUGGAUGCUUCCGGCAAAGUCGUAUGCGCCAGGCACGCAGAACUUGUACAGGCAAACUUGCGCUCCUUAUCUUCAGGUGAUGCAAUCUCUGGUGGCCAGGAUAUUACUGUUGGCAAUAUAACAGAUGAGAUCAAGGACGGAGAACGCUUGAUUGUCACUUUCAAGCAAAUGGGCACCUGCGAACUUUAUCCUCAGACUAUCUCGCACAAUGCUAACGGCUCCUUUGUAGUAGUUUGUGGUGAUGGCGAGUACAUCGUCUACACAGCGGUUGCCCUACGCAACAAAACCUUUGGUCAAGCGCAGGAAUUCGUCUGGUCCUCCACCGACGCUAGUGUCUAUGCCAUUCGCGAGAGCAAUACGAUCAUUCGGGUAAGGGGCAAGGAUCCUUGCUGGUUUAUGCCUAUUGUCUUCAAGGCUUUUAAAAAAGUGCGUACUUUCAAACUAGACUUUGGUGCUGAGCAGAUAUUCGGAGGUCACCUAUUAGGUGUGCGCUCCUCUGGCGGAUUGGCCUUGCACGACUGGGAGUCAGGAAAUUUGAUACGGCGAAUUGAGGCUUCGCCGAAUGCCAUCUACUGGAAUGAGGGUGGUCGCCUUUUGGCCAUCUGUACCAAGGAGGUAUUCUACAUUUUGCGCUACAAUGCUGAUAUAGUGGCCGAAGCUGAGGCAGACGGAAGUCUAUUCAAGAAUCCGGAAGGUUUGGAGACUGCCUUUGAGGUUACGAAAAAUGGCGAAGUAGCAGAAUCUGUGAUCACAGGCUGCUGGUACGGCGACGUAUUUAUAUUCACAAGCCAAGCAAACAGGCUACGCUACUAUGUAGGUGGAGAGCUGGUGACAAUAGCUCACUUGGAUCGGCCCAUGUACUUGCUUGGCUACCUGGCGCGUGCCAACCGCGCCUACUUGGCUGAUCGCGAACUCAAUCUGAUCAGUUAUGGCCUUCAAUCCACUGUGCUCGAGUACGAAACAGCUGUAAUGCGAGGUGACUUCGUUUGUGCUGACAACCUCCUUCCUAACAUCCCG